AUGGUGCGAUACUCGCUCCUACCAUCGAGGGCCCUUGAAAAUAUUCCAAAAGCUGUAAACUGUCAGUCUUCCUCUCCCGGCUUCUUCGCGGAUUUCCUAUCAGCUUCGAAAAAGGGGACACGUACCACCAUCAACGUGAAGCCAGGCACCAUACCGAUCCGCCAGCUCACGAACGCGCUUCAUCUCCUGCACCCCGCUCACCGCAUGCCGCCCCGUGUUCACCUCCCCAGCGCUGACCGAAAUCACGCUCACCACCCCGGGCGCGCGCAGCUCGCGCUCGAGGGCCUCCACGUCCAGCCUCCACGGCUCCGCGGCGCUCACCCCAAGCUCCUUGACCGCGCGCCGCCCGAGGCCGACGACGCUCGCGGCCUUGCUCAGCGAGCUGUGCCCCGCGCACGUGAGGACCUGCACGCCCGUCACGCCCGCCCGCACGCACGCCUCCAGGAGGCCCAGCUCCCCCACGCUUUCGCCCGACCCCAGCUUCUUCGCGAGGAUCGCCUCCCGCGCGCAUGCUAG